UUAUGUUAUGUCAUCUUGUCAAACCAACAAUCAUUUGGCGCCAACUUCGACUGCGCACCAUGGCUACUCAAGAGACUCAAGACAAGAAGAGGAACAGGAAGACGAACUGGACGCUUUCAUCUGGCCCACCUAUACAAAAUUUUCGCAAAAAUACUCCGGUGCGACUUCUCCACAGCUGGCUGCUCUAAUGAAGCCAGAAAUGCUGCUUGGAGGACCAAUAGUGCGGAGGUGUCUGCCGUGUCAGACAUUCUCCGCACUGAGGAGUGCCAGAAACAUUGGCAUAUUAUAAAAUCUGAGGCAUGACGGAACACCAGCAAGCAGAGAGAAGCCAUGACUGCCACAGGUGGUGGACCUCCUGCCAACCCUCCUCUCUCCCAGCUCGAUGAGUUAAUCUUUGAGAUUUUGGACCCCAAGAAUGUCUCUAUUCAUGGGUGUACCAAUAAGUGUUCAGGCAGCAGAUGAUGCUGGGGAAGUGGCAGAGGCAGCCCAACAGAGAGAAGUGGUGACCGAGGAAGUGGGUGUUGAGGAGGAGGCACCUGCCACACCACUUCCAGCACCAGUGAUGUGGCACCAACAGGGGCCAGACUUGCCUGGUACAUCACUGGUCUAUGUGGAUGAGGAGGAGAUCAUCCACCUGCAGAAGAAAAGGAAGCUUGAGCUUGCACUCCUUGAAGAAUCUAUAAUGGCUCAUGAAAGGAAGCAAGAAGCAGAACAGGCUAAGUACAUGUACUACACACAAAAACUAGAGUACCAGAAACAAACAAAUAAAAAAUAGUAAUAAAGAUAUAAAUAAUGUA